AUGGACUUCAAAGACUCGAUGUACGACGAGUGCGUCGUGGACAUGACCCCGUUCGGGAUCGAGGAGUGCUACGGCGACGUCAGCAACGCCGUCGCGGAGGUGUGCGUCAGCGCGCACGCCGCGGAGACGGCGGGGAACUUCAACAUGGCGUUGCGGAGGAAGGAACUCCGGCGCCUGCGCGCGGCGUUGUGGGAAUUACGCGUCACGCUCGAGCGGCAGUCGAAAGACAGCGGCCACUGCACGCUGACCGUGCGGCAUAAGCUCGAGGCGCUGCGGAGCGCGUCGCUGGACGUGUGCCACCCGCAGAUGCGCGCGGCGAACGCGCCGAACGCGACGGCGAUUCCGAACUUCCAAGCCGUGCAUCAAGACUUUCGCGUCGACGCGCUUCCGGACGUCUUCGCGGACUCGACCGAGGACUCGAUCGACGACGACUGCGAGGUCGAGGCCGAGAUCGCGUUCUACCGCGGCGGACAGCCCACCGCGGAAGGCCGCGCGUGGCUCGCGGAGAGAGGGUUCAAGACCGUGAUCGACCUGCGCUUCGAGGACAGAGACAACCAGUGGACGAAGCCGUUCGGAGGCGGCGUCGGCGUCGGAAAACGCGCGCCGCGACUCGCGGACGAUGCCGGCUUCGAGGUCGUCCACAUGCCGGUGACGGACAUGGAGCCGCCGACGUUCGAGCUCGUGGAGCGAUUCAUCGAGGUGGCGAACGACAGAGCGAGGCGACCGAUGCUCGUGCACUGCAAAGCCGGCAUCGGGCGAACGGGGAGCAUGGUGUCGUGUUGGCGAAUUUCCCGCGGCAUGGACGUCGACGAGGCGCGUUCUAUAUCACACUGGUCCCCAUACGACCGCGCGCUCGCGCUCGAGUCUCUGUGCUGCGACUUUGGAAGCAUCGCGCAGGAGACGUUCGUGCGAUCGUUCGCGGAUCGCCUGGCGAAGAAUAAACGCAACGCCGCCGCGACGAUCGUCGAGAGCGUGAUCGUGAAGGGCGCGGGCGCGGCGUACGAGGGCGCCGGGUUCCUCGACGUCGCGGAGGCGGAAGAGGUGGACGUGAUCGACGCUCGAAUCGCGACGCCGCCGCCGCCGCCGCUCAUGUCCGGUGGCGAGGGCAUGGGCAGCGGCGGCGUCAGCGCGGAGGCCGCGGCGGCGGCCGAGACGCAACCCGCGCCCGCGAGCAGCCUGGAGCAAGCGCCGGACAUGUACGUCAUACGCACGGACGGGUUCACGUGCACGCGCGAAGAGGUUGAGGAUGGGAUGCUGAAAAUUUCGCACCCGAGCACGCAGCAGCUGGUGCUGGUGUGGCGUAAACCGCCGAAGCGGAUACUCGUGCUGAAGAAGCUCGGCCCCGCGCUGCUGCCGCAGCUCGUGGAGGUGUCGCACGCGAUGUUGUCCAUGGGGUUCGAGGUUGUCGUGGAGGAGAACGUCGUCGGGGAAAUGCGGGAGGAGAAGGCGGCGAGGGACGCGGCGCGACGGUCGGCGGCGGCGGGCGCGUCGGGUCCGGGGGGCGCGGACGGCGCGCCCGGGACGUCCCUCGGCGCGUCCGCGAUCAGAGACCUGGUGCUGGAGAACGUGGAGAGCGUGCCGGACGCCCUCGCGCGGGUCAUUGGGACUAACGCGACGACGCCGACGGAGUACGCGGGGGUGGAUCUCAUCGUGUGCCUCGGCGGCGACGGCGUUAUUCUCCACGCGUCCAAGCUGUUCCAAGGCCCGGUGCCGCCGCUGUUGGGGUUCCACUUCGGGAGCAUGGGUUUCCUCACGAAUCACCCCCCGGACCACCUCGCGCAGUCGCUCCUGCAGUCCGUCGGGAGAGGCUCGAACUUAGCCGGAGGCAUCAAGGGCGGCAUACCCAUCACGUUGCGCAUGCGUCUGGAGUGCUCGUUGGUCAAGGCGAACGACAGCGUCCGCAACGGCGGCGACGGCGCGCCCUCGCACGCGUACGCCGUCCUAAACGAAGUCCUCGUCGAUCGCGGCCCGAGCCCGUUUCUGUCCAAGAUCGAGGCGUACGACCGCGGUUUAUUCAUCACGACGAUCCAAGCGGACGGCGUCAUGCUCGCGACGGCGACUGGGAGCACGGCGUACAGCGUCAGCGCAGGGGGAUCGAUGGUGCAUCCGAACGUGCCGGCGAUCUUGAUGACGCCAAUCUGCCCGCACACGCUGUCGUUCCGGCCGGUGAUAUUGCCGGACUCCGUGGAGAUGGAGUUGAGGGUGGCGGACGACGCGCGGUGCAGCGCGUGGGUGUCGUUCGACGGGAAGGAGCGCUGCGAGCUGUGCGCGGGGGAUUCGAUUUUCGUUCGGAUGUCGGAGUGUCCGGUGCCGACGAUCAAUUACGCGGAUCAGACUGGGGACUUCAUAAGCAGCCUUCGCAGGUGUUUGCGGUGGAACGAGCGCGAGGAGCAGAAGCCGCUGGACGAGAAGGUCACGAAGAAGCUUCGGAAGAUGGCGCAAGGGAGGGUCGACUUGGCGACCGUGGACCUCACGAUGGACGAGUCCCAGGACGACGCGACGUUCGUGUGACGACGCGACGACCGACGCGCGGAGCGUCGGGGGCGCGGCGGCGGGCGCGCGCGCGACGAUCGAUUACAGUAAUACUUUGAAAGUUCUUGUUGUUGUUCUGUUC